CCUUUACUCUCUCGCUUCGUUUGGCUGCUGAGAAAAUUUCCAAACGACUCAAACUUCGAAACACUUAACUUUCUUCAUUUUUUACUUUGUUUUCUUUGCUUUCCCACGCUUUCUCUUUAACAAACCGGGGUUAGGGUUUUGAUAGCGGGAGAAAAAUGAUCUGAGAAUGCAUACGAGGUACAUGGAGAGAACCAAUAGUAUGAGUAGAGGGAAGAGGAGUCUCGAGGGCAAUGAAGAAGAGAAACCUGAGCGUAAACGCCCAGCUCUCGCUAGUGUGAUUGUAGAAGCUCUGAAGGUGGACAGUCUACAGAAGCUCUGCUCUUCUUUGGAACCUGUCCUUCGUAGAGUUGUAAGUGAGGAAGUAGAACGGGCGCUGGCAAAGUUGGGUCCUCCUCGGCUCAAUAAUGGCCGGGCUUCUCCAAAGCGAAUUGAAGGUGCAGAUGGAUGUAACUUUCAGCUUCUCUUUAGAUCGAGGUUGUCUCUUCCUCUCUUUACGGGAGGAAAAGUUGAGGGGGAGCAGGGUGCAGCAAUCCAUAUCGUUCUUGUUGAUGCAAGCACAGGUCAUGUUGUUACAUCUGGACCUGAAGCCUCUAUAAAGCUUGAUGUUGUUGUGCUUGAAGGGGAUUUCAACAAGGAAGAUGAUGAAGGCUGGACUCAAGAAGAGUUUGAAAGCCAUGUGGUAAAAGAGCGUGAAGGAAAGAGGCCGCUCUUAACUGGGGAUUUGCAAGUAGCUCUCAAGGAAGGGGUGGGGACACUUGGGGAUCUCACUUUUACUGAUAAUUCAAGCUGGAUAAGGAGUAGGCAGUUCAGACUUGGUCUGAAGGUUGCUUCAGGAUACUGUGAGGGUAUUCGCAUUCGUGAGGCAAAAACUGAAGCUUUUACUGUCAAAGAUCAUAGGGGGGAAUUGUACAAGAAACACUAUCCACCGGCAUUAAAUGAUGAAGUAUGGAGAUUGGAGAAGAUUGGCAAAGAUGGAGCAUUUCACAAGAGGCUAAAUAAAGCAGGAAUAUUCACAGUUGAAGACUUUCUGAGGCUUUUUGUCAGAGAUUCUCAAAAAUUAAGGGGUAUUCUUGGGAGUGGUAUGUCAAAUAAGAUGUGGGAUGCUCUCCUGGAGCAUUCAAAGACUUGUGUCCUGAGUGGGAAGCUUUAUGUCUACUACCCUGAUGAUUCAAGAAAUGUUGGUGUUAUUUUCAACAAUAUUUAUGAACUGAAUGGCCUUAUUUCAGGGGAGCAAUAUUUUCCUGCUGAUUCUCUUUCUGACAGCCAGAAGGUCUAUGUGGAUACACUGUUGAAGAAAGCAUAUGAUAAUUGGAAUCAAGUUGUAGAGUAUGAUGGCAAGUCAUUCUUGAACUUAAAGCAAACCAAGAGGUCAAAUGCAUCUCGUGGUGAAGUUCAGAUAGGUCAAAUAGAUUUCCCUAAUACUUUCAACCAGCAGAUGCCACUACCAUGGCUGCCUGCUACUGUUCCUAACGAGGAGCCGCCAUUUAGUACUGGCCAACAAGUGGGAGGUUAUACGAACAAUUUGGCCGCAAGAUACUCAACCCAGCUUCAGCUUGUGAGCUCAAAUUCCCGCAAUCAGUUCGACAGUAAUUCAUUUGUGCCUAAUGAUCAGCUUAUCAAUGAUUCACACCAAAUACAGAGCACUAGAUUCGAAAGCAACAAUGUUGUUGGGCUGGCUCUUGGUCCUCCGCAGUCAUCCAACUCAGGAUUUCAAGCUGCUGGCUAUUCCAUUCAGCAAUCCAAUGUUAAUCCUUUUGAUGAUUGGUCACAAAAUCGAGACAAGGGAGUUGAGGACUACUUCACAGAGGAAGAGAUUCGUAUCCGAAGCCAUGAGAUGCUUGAGAAUGAAGAUAUGCAGCAAUUGCUGCGAGUCUUCAGCAUGGGAGGCCAUGCUUCUAUUAACAUGCCAGAACCGGAAGAUGGUUUCCCAUAUGCUUCUCCAAUGCCAAGCUUUGAUGAGGAUCGGACACGUCCUGGCAAAGCUGUUGUGGGGUGGCUGAAGAUCAAGGCAGCAAUGAGGUGGGGGUUCUUUAUCAGGAAGAAAGCAGCUGAGAAGCGGGCGCAGAUUGUUGAAUUAGAAGAUUAGGUUUCAUCACCAAGCCUAUCUUUCAAAUAGCUCCUGCAAUUUACUAGAUCUCUUCAACUGACAGUAACAAUUCGAGGUUCUGAAAUUGGCCAGGACAUUGUGGUUUUGGGAUCUCAAGGAUCUUUAAGUGUUCAUGUUUUCUUAUUGGAUACACCGACAACCUCUGGCUUCAGGGCACUUAUUCGACAUCGCUAUUCCACAUCACCAUUCCCUUGUACAGUCACUUGUACAGUAAGUUGUUCAUUUAUUACCAUGUUCCUCUCAGUACCUUACUAUUGGUUUGUGUAUGCUUAUGACACCUGAUUUUGAGGUCUGAAGGGGUGAUCUGCUAUUUGGUUGAUGACCUCUUAUGUUCUUGUUGACUAACUGCGGAAACAUUUAAGGCACUACUGUAUUAGUUGUUUAAUUGUAUUGCUGUUCAAGUGUGCUUUUUUAAA